AUGAACUUUUCUGGGUGGUUAAUCACACGGAGCAACGUAGAAAGGAGAAAGCGAUAAAAGAGUGCAGUUUGGGGAAAGCAAGAGGACAAAUAAGAAAGCUGAUAGAAAGGAAUAUAAUACAAAGGCGUCUCAACAUGGUUUCAGCGUGCCUGGAGUUACUCAGCUUGGGGAUGUGCGUGUGUGGCACGCUUCUGGGGAUGGUGGCGUGUGGUUUGCCCACGUGGAAAGUUUCAGCUUUCUCCGAGAAAAGUAUCGUGAUUUCUCAGUCUAUACACGAUGGAUUGUGGAUGUCUUGCGUCGUGCAGAGCACGGGUCAGAUGCAGUGCCAGAUGUACGACUCAUGGGCCGCGCUCGAGCCAGAUCUGCAGGUCGCACGAGUUCUCACCGUUAUCUCGUCGGUGAUUGGCAUGGUUGGACUGAUUGUCACCCUUGUCGGCGCUCAGUGUACCAAUUGCGUCAAAACACGGACGGUGAAAACUAGGAUAGUGAAAGCCGGCGGGGGGAUCUACAUCAUCAGCGGUUUGGUUAUCCUGGUGCCCUUGUGUUGGAUGGCAAUUAACGUAAGAAGGCACUUCUACAACCCGCACAUUCCAGAUCCGAUGAAGCGAGAAAUUGGAGACGCGAUUUAUAUCGGAUGGGCAGCCGCUGGACUCCUGUUGCUUGGCGGCACCGUGUUAUGCCUCCCCUGCCGUGCAUCCGCGAGAUCUUCAUACUCAAUCCAAUACGCCUCAAUGAGAAGUGGCACGGUCACUUUGAACAAUGAAUAACAGAAUUUAUCAGAAGUUAUCUGCCUGUGAUUUAAAAUGUUAGAACUGUAGUCAAGGAGAAAUAUCACUUUUUUUUUUUUACUGAAAAGUAACCCUUUGUUCACCAUGAUCUAGUUUUAGUGGCAUCCUUAAUGUUGACCCAGAAAACAUUACGUAACAGGCUGUCGCUAUUGUCGUUAUCUUCUUAUGUGCUGUGGCGCUUCGGCUAUGCGUUAUAGCAUAAAUAUUUA